GCACUGAAACCGAUUCGUGCAGUAGCAAUAUGUGAUUUCGAGCCGCUUCUUCAUCGUCUACCAAUGGUAUCGUUGCAAGCUUGUGGUCAUAUCUCGGGCGCCACAUAUUUCUAUCCAGUGAAAGAUCCGAUCGAUGCAAAAACCGGUAAAAAGAAAUUGCAUAUGGGAUUGAGUUUGCAUCCAAAAUACGGUGGACACUUUUCAUUUCGUGGCGUAAUCGUAUUCCCUGAUGUGCGCCUAUUGGACAGCUACAAAGAGAAUGCUCCGAUCAGAACGUUAAAAACCGAAGAGAGCGUCGAAGAAGCUUUGAAGUUGUUCAACGACAGCUAUUUCGAUAAUCGUUACCGUGAUUGUGGAAGUCCACUCAAGAAACACGGAGAA